AUGUGGAUCUCUCUUUCUGCCACUCUUUCCUGGAUAUAUAUCCUUUCCUAUUUUGUCCUCGUCCUAUCCAGUUCCCACGCCCACCGGGACCAUGCUGCCCAUCAUCGAGCGUUUAUCUCCCCUCGGGGCGAGGCGGCUGUUUUGCCCCCAAAUGUGGCGGCGCACAACGCGACCUCGAGCGAGAUUGCAACCGCCCGUCAGAUAGUCAGAGAGGCCGUUGCGGAAAUGACCAAGCUGAAUCAAGCCCGUCUUGCCCGCCCGUCACGUAACAACUACUCUAUGAAGCCGGGGACAAAGCUGGGUAAGCGUGACGACGUGGCUGCACCGCCGCCUCUACUCAAUAUCACCGACCAGAUUGCCCGCGCGGCAGCGCUGGUGGCCGAGCUCGAAGCAGGUGGCUCGGCUGGUGGAAAAUACAUCAAGUUAUACCGGAGGGCGGGAACGUUCUGGAUGGAGGGGAUCGAGCGAAAGGGUGCCAUCCCGUGGGGAGAUAAUCCUGACUACAAGGUCUUUCGACAUGUCGUCAACGACUAUGGGGCUGAUCCCACAGGUCAAAGAGAUUCUACGGCAGCAAUCCAAAGGGCCAUCGAUGACGGCAAGCGAUGUGGCGCCGCUUGCAAUGGGGCCACUACCAAAAAUGCCAUCGUAUAUUUCCCUCCCGGAACGUACCUUGUGUCUAGCUCGAUUAGCAUUUACUUCGGCACUCAGAUCAUUGGUGAUGCAAAUAACUGGCCAACAAUCCGAGCCGCCUCGAGCUUUGUCGGUCUCGGAGUCUUGUCCACGGACGUCUACGUUGAUAACGGUGGAGACGGGCCCGAUGGCAAUGCGCUGGAGUGGUAUAUCAACACUGCGCGGUUUUAUAGCCAGAUUCGCAAUUUGAAGAUCGAUAUCACGGCAAGCAAUCCGGGUGCCUAUGUGGCUGCACUCCACUAUCAGGUGGCCCAGGCGACGACAAUUGAGAAUGUUGAGAUCAUCGCAGAUUCUGCCACGGUAGGUACUCAGCAAGGCAUGUACGCGGAGAAUGGUAGCGGGGGCGUCAUGUCAGACAUCACUUUCACCGGCGGCAACUUCGGGAUUUAUGGAGGCAGUCAGCAGUUCAGUGCCGCGCGGUUGACCUUUAAUGGCUGCAAUACUGCAGUCGAAGUCAUCUGGGACUGGGGUUGGGUGUGGAAGAGCAUCACGGUCAAGAACGCCAAAGUUGGAUUCCGACUAUACAACGAUGCCAACGGGCAGAUCCCAGGCUCGGUGACCAUUAUCGACUCGGUCUUCUCCGGUACCGAGUCUUUUGCGAUUGAGAUGGCCGUCCCAGUUGAUGUCGUGGACUCCGGAUUCACCGGGUUGGUUUUGGAUAAUGUCCGGCUGGAUCGUCCGAUCAAAGACCAUUGGAGUGACAACCUGAUCCUCUCUUCCGGAUAUUACAAGAGCUAUGUGAUGGGGGCAACGUACAAGGAAAACAAACGGUCCUGGACCAACGGGCCAAAGGACUAUGACCGAGAACCCUCUCUCCUGGGACCAUCCGUCGCGGGACUCGAUGUGGCUCCUUACUUUGAACGUCCCAGGAACCAGUACGCUGACAAAACCGCAGUAGACUUUGUUCAUCUCAAGGAUGAAGGUGCUGCUGGCGACGGCUCGACGGACGACACGGACGCCGUUCAGAAUGCCUUCAAUAAAUAUGGCGAUGGCAGCAAGAUCAUCUUGGUAGAUGCCGGCACCUACAUCAUCAAACGCACCGUUACUGUUCCCAAGAAUGCGAAGAUCAUCGGUGAGACCUGGUCGCAGUUUGCAGCAUCAGGAGGUUACUUUGGCGAUGCCAGCAAGCCCGCGGUCAUGCUCAGGGUCGGCAACGAGGGGGAGGUCGGCAAUGUAGAGCUACAAGAUCUCAUCUUGACAAGCAAAGGUCCGACCCCGGGAGUUAUCCUGAUGGAGUGGAACGUCGCCGCAGAAAGCGCAGGCUCGGCCGCGCUGUGGGAUGUCCACGUACGGCUGGGGGGUGCAACGGGGACCGAGUUGACGCCGACAGAGUGUCCUCCGAUCACCACUGGGACCAAUCCAUCUUCAUGUCAAGUGGCUAGCAUGCUCCUACACGUCACCAAGCGGGCUUCGGGCUAUUUUGACAACAUGUGGCUUUGGGUGGCAGACCACAUGAUUGACGAUCCGUUGCUCGAUGACCCAUUGAACAACAUGGAACAGCUCUCCGUGUACAGUGCACGGGGCAUGCUGAUCGAAAGCCAAAAGGCCACAUGGCUGUACGGGACAGCUUCGGAGCAUAGCGUCUUCUACCAGUACAACUUCAAUGGCGCCCAAAACAUCUUCACCACGUUCUUGCAGACCGAAUCACCUUACUACCAGCCGACGCCGAAGCCCCCUGCACCAUUCGACCAGGUGGUCGGCACCUUUGACAGCGAUCCCAAGUACGGCUGCGAUGGCAGCGAUGCGGACGGCUGCGAUGCCUCGUGGGCUGUCAUCAUGAAAAACUGCCAAAAUGUCCAUAUCGGGUCUGCGGGCACGUACUCUUGGUUCCGCACGUACACGCAAGACUGCAUCGACGUCCACGGUUGCCAGAAGGCGCUGUGGCUUCUCGGCAGCAACUACGAUAACAAUCGAUUACAACAUGUCAUUGGGAUCGGCGCGAAGAAUAUCAUCGUCUCUCCGGACGGGACCACAAUCACAUCUGCAGCAAACCUCGCGGUCUCGAGCCACCCGAGUUGGGCGCACAUCUCACUGUAUGAGCUGCCAUCCAUUGGCGCGGCGCCCAAGCCUGGCGACGGGGGAGAUGACCAGUGUUCAAAUGCGGCCCGUCAAUAUAGCAGUGAAUACGUGCCACCCGGGGAGAUUGAGCUAUGGUCAAACGAUGGUACCGUGCUAAAUCAUGCCGACGACACAGACGGUCAGCAGUCUGUGACGAUUGUCAAUUUAACCCCCUACAAAUUCAUCCAUACGGCGGGCCCCGAACCCUACCAGUUCUCGACCUGGCAGUUUGGCGACGUGCCCUCGGGGCGGGCGUUGAAGAACAACGUCACGUACGAUCUGGGCCUCAAGAACACCGACAAGACCUUUGCCGUGCACGUUACCACGCACAUCCCGGACAGCUACGAGCGCCGCGUGGUCUUUGACCUCGGCGGCAUGGGCCUGGGCUGGCGCGAGCUCGGAUUCCCUGGUGAGCGGGUCAGCGUGGCACUGGUCAUCACCGGCAGUGAGGAGUACGGCUAUGUCACCUCGCUGCAACUCAACAACGCCGACUGGAUGAACCGCAUGUAUGCGAUCAUCAAGGAUCGCGAACUGCGUCACGUCGUCGUCCCUGGUUCGCACGACGCCGGGAUGAGCAGCAUCACCGACUCGGGGUGGAACGGACUGGGCACUGCCUCGAACACCGAGACGCAGAGCCUGGACCACUACAACCAGCUGCGGGUCGGCGUUCGGUACUUUGACAUGAGGAUCGUCAGCAUCGACGGGCUUGCCAGCUUUUGGGCAGCGCAUGUCAACGACGAAACUGCCGCCGCGCCUCUGGGGGCGACGGGGGAGUCUCUGGACAGCCUGAUUGCGGGGGUCAAUCGAUUUACCACCGACUACACCGGGGAGGUCAUUGUCUGGUGGGUGAGAUACAUGACCAACCUGGACAAUGGUGACCUCACCCAGGCGAAUCGGUACUGGAGCGCCGCGCUCACCAACGCGUUUUACGAUAAGCUCGAAGGGAUCAACAACCGCUGCCCGGAACCGAGCGACGGCGGGAAAUUCAAUCGGCAACCGCUGCAUACCUUUCUAGAUGCAAACGACGGCCGGGGUUGCGUGCUCAUUAUCAUCGAUGGCACAUUGAACGCUGGGAUCCCCAAGGGCCGCGCGGAGUCCAGAAUCUACAACACCACCUCCUUUGACCGCGACGACUAUUGGGCCCAGGAGCAGUACACGCAGCAAAACGCCGACAAGCAGAUCGCCCACAUGAAGAGCAUCGCCCGCGAUGGGGGAACGGGCGAUUCCUACUACAUUAUGCAGUGGCAGUGCACUCCGAGCGCCCUGGAUGUCGCCAUUCCGCCCCCUACGCUGCAACUGAUCGCCAACCAGGAGACUAACCCGGCGCUCUAUCACUACGGCCUGAAUGCCAUCUCCCCGGACAAGUUUCCCACGGUGAUCCUGCAUGACGCUGUCGGACUCUUCCACGUGAGCGAUCUCAGCGCCGAGAGUUACAACCCCAUGAUGCAGACCUUGGCUGUUGGGCUGAACUUGUACAUGGUGAGCCAGAACUGCGAUGUCAACGGGGGCCAGAAUCCGCUCGCCCAGCACGCCACAAACACGCGGAUGAUGCUUUCAGUGGGAGGGGACCGCGGGGCUGGGUUCAGCACCUUCUCGGGGGUCAUCUUUGCCAAUGGCACUGUACUGGAGACACCACCGCCGGACUUUUGUCGCACAUGUACCUUCAACGAUACCGGCAGUAUUGAUCAUCCCCCGCCGACUUUCAAUGCCACCAGCGUCAAGCUUCGAUGA